AUUCUGGAGGCCGUACAGCGGCUGCUCAACCUGCUGGGCCCCGAGUCCCCCGCGCUGCACCCGCUGGUGAUGCCGCUGCUGAGCUACUGCCUGGACCUCAGGCAGCCCGAGGUAUCCGAGGGCCUGCUUGAAGACGGUCUCGCCCUCUGGUUGGUUGCCGUACGUAACGCCCCCAACUGCCUCACUCCCGACCCAACUGCCAUGGCCGCUGCCGCUGCUGCUGCUGCUGCUGCCGCUGCUACAUCCUCCAACCCUGGCGGCAACAACAACAACGACAAUAACCCCGGUGCUAAUCCUGCUGCUGCUACCGCUGUCACCUCCGGGACGAGCGAACACGGGUCUUCAUUAUCCGCAUCCGCCGCAGCAGCAGUCGCUGCCGCAUCUCUGCCGGUAUUAGUAAUACCGGAACGGGUUGCCGUACUCGAGACGUUGUUAGCGCCGUUUGCGGCUCUAAGGAGCAUCGUAGAGGCGUCUUCGGAGCACCUGCCGUUGGUGGUUGCGAUCCUGGCGAGUACGGCAAUGCUAGCGGGACCUGCAUUGUACGGCAACCCUGCUGUACGGCAGCACGUGGUGGAUGUACUGCUGCAGAUCGUGGGCAAUGUGAGCGAGCGCGGCCUGCUGAUCACACUGCCCUGCCUGGAGCGGCUGCUGCAGGCCGCACCCCGGGAGGCGGGGGCGGCGUUGCAGCCGGUGCUGCUGCGGCUGCUGGGGCUGCUGCUAGGGG